UCUAAUAUUCUCAUUCUUCCAACUGCCUAGUUAUUUUCACUUCAACUAAUUUUCAACAUUUCACCUCGACUCGACUAGGGAUACACAAAACUACGCAAGCUGGGAUUGCAAUCAACCACUCAAGAUGGGAGCCCUCCUAUCUAUCCCCAUGCUGGCUUUGCCCAGCGCUGGCGCCUUGAUGUCCUUCGCUGCUAGCUGCUGUGGUGCUGCAACAUGCUCCAUGGUUUGUAGUGCAUGUGGUAAAUGUGGCAACAGUGUUGCUACCCGUAUCGCCUACGCCCUCCUCCUCCUCGUCAAUUCUAUACUCUCCUGGAUCAUGCUCACCCCUUGGGCUAUCGAAAAGCUGCAGCAUUUGAUGUUGGACUAUGUUAAGAUCAACUGUCCCAAUGGUUCAUGUUCCGGCUGGCUUGCCGUCCACCGAAUUAAUUUUGCUCUCGGCCUUUUCCACCUCAUCUUCGCCGGCCUGCUAUUUGGUGUCGCUUCCACCAAGAAUCCCCGAGCAUCCCUUCAAAAUGGCUUCUGGGGUCCCAAGGUCAUCGUCUGGCUUGCCUUUAUCGUCAUGUCCUUCCUCAUUCCCGAUGCCUUCUUCCAGUUCUGGGGUAACUACAUCGCCUUCUUUGGCGCCAUGCUCUUCCUCAUGCUCGGUCUUAUCCUUCUUGUCGAUCUUGCACACACUUGGGCCGAAUACUGCCUCGAACAGAUUGAAAAUACCGAUUCGAGAUUCUGGAGAGGAGUGCUUAUCGGUUCGACUCUGGGCAUGUACCUCGGCUCAUUGGCCAUGACGAUUGUACAGUUUAUCUUCUUCGCCCACAGUGGCUGCUCCAUGAACCAAGCCGCCAUUAUUAUCAACUUGGUAUUUUGGGUUGCCAUAUCGUUUAUCUCGGUACAUCCUACGGUCCAGGAGUACAACUCCAAAGCCGGAUUGGCGCAGGCCGCCAUGGUGGCAGUGUACUGCUCUUACCUCACCAUGUCCGCUGUUUCCAUGGAACCUGACGAUAAGCACUGCAACCCCUUAAUUCGUGGUCAAGGCACUCGAACUACCUCCGUAGUCAUGGGCGCAAUCGUCACAAUGCUCACUGUUGCAUACACUACUACGCGGGCCGCGACCCAAAGUCUUGGUUUGGGCAACAGCAAGGGUGCUAUCAAGCUUACAGACGAUGAUGAGCACGGUCUCGUGACACAGCAGCCUGGACGUCGUGAAAUGCGAGCUGAAGUCCUGCGCCGGGCGGUAGAAGAAGGUAGCUUACCCGCUGACGCACUCUUAUCCGACGACGAAGACGACGAGGACAGCGGCAAAUCACCUCACGAUGACGAGCGCGGCAAUACGCAAUACAACUACUCGGUGUUCCACUUCAUAUUCUUUUUGGCUACCUGUUGGGUUGGUACCCUACUUACAGGUACUGUCCAAGGUCUCGAUGACCUCCCGACCGGCAGCGACUUUGCAACUGUAGGAAGGACGUACUGGGCUACCUGGGUCAAGAUCGUCAGUGCUUGGAUAUGCUAUAGCAUGUACAUCUGGACUUUGAUCGCGCCAAUCAUACUACCGGACCGGUUCGACUCUUUUUGAGGGUCUGUUUUCUGUUGUUACCUGCCUAGGCACCUACUUGGGUAGGUACUAGGUAGCUAGUGUAUAGUGUUGUACUACUUUUGUCGGCUGUAUUGAUCGAAUGGAUACCUUGUAAUUGAGAUGAGAUGAAGGCGGCGUUGUUUUUGAAUUUUGCAUAUUGCAUAUUGCAUACGAGUGUUAGAAUGCUCAAACAUAUUCAUAUUGUAGCGUACCUAUGUAGUCCUACAUGGUUCAUCGUGUGGGUACGUAGGAUAAGGAAGACUAAAUACCCCUUAUAUGGUCUCUUGGUUGCUAGGCAUCCUACCUAGGUAUUUACCUAGGUAGCGAUGAAGUGUUUGUAUGAUACAGUGUGUAGAGGGUUAGGUCAUAGACAUUGCUGAAGGUCAGUUACCUCGAAAGGGGGUUGGAUUCUCGCAUGUUAGUGUUGCAAGGUACUUACUAAUAGUACUCGGAAGAUGCGUGAUUAACUAGGCACCUACCUACUGGUGGUAUCAUGUACUGAUAUCCAAGUAAGAGUGAACCCACUUGAUAGUGGUUGACGGAGACUGUUGUAGUCUUAUUUUAC